AUGUUGAACCUAGAGUUCAGCACCUCGAACGUUCGGUCGCACAGCCUCAAAUCCACAGGCCUAAGCUGGGCUAGUAAAUAUGGCAUGAAGCCUUCAGACAGAUCCAUUUUGGGUAGGCAUGCAAGUGCUACUACAGAGUCCGCUGCGUUCUAUGCUCGUGAUCUAACGGUUGGUCCGACCAGGCGUUUCCAAGAAAUCGUUCUUGCAAUAGCAGAUGGAAGCUUUAGGCCAGAUGCACGCAGGAGUGAAUAUUUCCGAAAGUUGCCAAGAUUUGCAGAAGUUGUAGAGAUUAAAGAAGAGGACAGAGACGAAGAGCAGAUGCCCGCAGAAGAGAGAGAAGAGUUCGAGCCAGAAGAAAGAUUGGAUGUAAGUCAAGACCUCUUAACAGGUGAUUCGGAUUCAUCAUCGUCAGAGAGCUCCAGCGAAGACUUGGAAGAGGAGCCAGCUGACCUUGCCGAAAAGCAAGGCAAUAGCUCAAUACAAGAGCGCGCAGAAGUCGGUGUCCGUACAUGGUUCGUUCACAAGAAGUCCCAGAUUUUGCAUUUUUUCGACAAAGGCCUAGCAGCUUGCGCAUCAUUCGAUUCACUGGCCUGCGGAAAGCGUAUCACAGCAAAUUUCGUAGAAGCGCAAGAGUCCGACAAUCAUCAUGUCAUAUGCCAGUUGUGCAAUAGACACAGAUGA